AGUUAUUAAAACAGAUUUCAUAUUUAUAGUAAUUGCUAUUAAAAUAUAAUUAUGUAUAGAGUUGUCUGCUAUCAUUUGUAAGUGAAGUUGUGUAGAAGUCAUAGUCAGAAGUUGCAGCAGAGUAAAGUUUAUUAAAGGUUUGCAAAAUGCCUAAAACAUGCUGCAUAUGUUUAUCUUCAAAAGGAGAAAGUAAAAACUCAACAUUCUUCCCUAUCCCGAGAAGCAAUGAAGACUUAAAAAAGUGGGAAUAUAUUUUAAAACGAGAAAUCCCCACAGUAGGAUAUAUUUGUCAUCAACACUUUGAUGAAAAUUAUUUAAUACGACAUAUCAUACAUCAUCUUAUUAUUAUUAUUAUUAUUAUUAUUAUUAAAAAAAUGUGACAUAGUGAUACGUCAAAUGUUCCGCUAAAAUGACUUUUCAAUGAAUCGUUCGUCCGGUGAUUCUGGCCAAAGCUCUUCCAUGAGUUACAUAAAAUCGUCAACUUUUAAAUCCGUCUUCGAGCUGUGUGACGUAGUUUCGGUGAUAGUUUGUUGCCGAGCUGACACCUCCAUAAUGCUGAUCAUUGAGUCGAGUUCCAACGAAUACUGGAUCCCGUCCAUCAAAGUUACGGGGCUCAACAGCUGGCUGGGGCACCUAGCCAAGGACUUACUAAACGAUAUUUUCGGCUGCAAUGCCUCCGUCCAAGGCCUCAUGCGCUUGAACAAACUGUGGUUGCCUUCGCCACACAAGUUUUCCUACAUUUGCCACGCGAUUUUCACCGCCGAUGUCACACUCGAGAUGAAAAAGAAAUCGAAAAGUCCAUUCGGAAAAUACAGGGGGAAGAUCCGGUGGUGCAAUUUAGACGACAUUUUGAAACUUUUCGGUUCUAAUGUUUUGAAAAGUCCCGAAAUUUUGGAUUUCAUUGCGUGGAUUAACCGAAAACCUUCGGCGAUUUUAAACCCGCCUUCGGAUCACGAAACUGUUGGCAGUUUUAUGGAAAUUUCCGAAAAUGUUAUAGUUUCGGGGAAAAACACGAUUUAUGAACAAAUUGUGGAAGCUGCAGGGAUCGACCGUCAUGCCCAAGAAGUUCUUUACAAAGAGUUCGUCCUAAUGAGCUAUCCCGCUAUCUACCUAACUUUUACAAACUUCGCCAAAUUCGUCGUUGAUUUAGGUUGGACGAAAGAAGAAGCCACUCAUUUGUACCGAUCAGCGGACAUAUACGGACGUGGGGGAAUUUCUUUUCGUGAAUUUUUGUAUUUUUUGUCGGCCACUGAGCCGGGAACUAGCCAUGGGGGAGGUCCCGCAGAAUUGAGAUGUCGCUACAUUUUUCGGUACUUAGACACUGACAAAAAUAAUCUCCUCAAACGAGACGAGAUGAAAAAUUUGGUGAUUCUCGUGCGAAAAUCAAGGAAAAUGUCCCUGGACCCCACGCAAGUGGAGAAGGAAUUGGUCGAGUGUUACCAAUCGAUCGGAAUCGCCGAAACAUAUCCACUCACAAUGUCUGAUUUUCUUCGAGCUGUUGGUGAAUUGAAAGUACGAGGGACUUCGCAAAUUUUUCGCGCACCUAAUAGUGUCCAAAAAAUCAUAAAAGAUAUAAUUGAUCGAGACGCUAAAAGUCAGGAAGAGAGUCUCCAACCUGUUUCUAUUGGUGGUUAUGCCAAGUGCCCUCUGUACGAGUUGGGCAUUCACAGUGUUAAAAUUGGUAAUAUGAUCAACGUCGAACAGUUGUGGAGCAUUGAAAAUGCGACUUCUUGCACGAGCACACUUCCCGUCUCCGUCAACGAAACUUCGCGAAAAGUAUCAACCGAUAAAUUCCACCAGAAUUCCAAAUCGAACGAACUCCUUCGCUCUCUACGAAAACUUUACGACCUUAACAAAAAAACCACCUGUUACAUUAAACUCGACUCUUUUGUAUACAACUGGGGAACGCUUGAUUCUUCAGUUAUUGCCAAAAACUUAGCUUCGGUUUGUAGCGAAGUCAAGGCAAUUUUUCUGAAAGAACGAAGAUUGCUAGACAUUCCGUCACCAGUCUACAUUUUAGGCGAUUUACAUGGAAAUUUCACUGAUUUGCUCAACUUUGAGCGAAUUUUAUGGCACGUGGGACCUGCUUUGUGUCCUUGUAAUCUUCUUUUUUUGGGGGAUUAUGUUGAUCGAGGUUACUUCAGUUUCGAGGUCAUUUCCUAUUUGUUCUCCUACAAGAUACAAAGUCCCAAAAAAGUGUUUCUGUUAAGAGGCAACCACGAAAUUCGACGCGUCCAACAACAGUGGACUUUCGAAAAAGAAUGUAGAAUGAAAUUUGGUGAAAAGUUGGGUCCUUUUAUUUUCAAUUCCAUAAACGAUGCCAUGGACUGUUUGCCCCUUGCUGCGGUUAUUGACGGCCGCGUUUUCUGCUGUCAUGGGGGUAUACCGCCCCCGUGGCUUUGCCCGGUUGUUUCGGCAAUUAACGAUAUUCCCUCGUUGUUGAAUGAUCCACAAGAGCAAAGUUCCCUAGCUUGGGAACUUAUGUGGAAUGACCCAAUCCGGGCAAAAACAGUCACUGAUAAAAUCGCAAUGGAAUUGUUGGCAAAUGAGGGAUUUGCGGUCAAUGCCAAAAGAGGCACAGCUCAUAUUUUCAGUGUCGAAGCUUUGGAGAAGUUUCUCGCUUCGAAUGGGUUUACGCAUUUAGUGCGAGCUCACGAGGUCGUAGAAGCAGGAUUUUAUUUGCAGCAAAAAGGCCACCUUUUGACUGUUUUUUCCUCGUCAAAGUAUUGUGGAGGGGUUAACACUGCGGCGUGUAUUCUCGCCGAUCAAGGUAAAAUCAGGAUUUUGCGACUUGACAGUGAAUAAAAAUUGAAAAG